AUGCGCCACUGUUUAUCCAUACCCGAGUUACUCCAAGGCGUAUUAUGGUUUCUCACGUACGAUUCCAAAAGAAAAUCGCUCGCCAGGCUUUCCAGGACUCGAAAAAAGCUAUACGAUCCUGCUUUAGAUGCAUUGUACUACAAGACCCACGAAAUCGCCCGCCUUCUUAUGCUUCUCCCUGCCGACUCUUGGAUCGUCGGCGAAAGCAAACGCUUUACCAGACUUUUAACGAAAAAUGAUUGGAAUGCCUUCCAGAAAAACUCUGAGUGGAUACGUCUGCUGGGACACUCUAGCACUCCUACGUUCUAUGUCGCCGCUUCCGUACUACAUGAAGCCUGCUUAUCUCCGCACCUCCCUCUUCUACCCAAUUUACGGACUCUACAGUGGACGAACAAGGAGUUUCAUGGAACAUUUAUUCCCCAACGGCUCUUUUCAGUCGUAGCCCUACUUGGGGAUACAUGCGCAUCUAUCCAACAGCUUUGUCUCUCGAGCGAGGAAGUGGACGAAAACAUCCACGCCUGGACGACUUUGACCGACGUCCUCCCAACCAUGGCGUCUUUACGAUCUUUGGAGCUCGAACUAACCAGCAACAAUGUUUUAUCGAUACUACAAACUCUUCCGUCGCUCGUCGAGUUCGUAUUUGUCCCACCCCACGACCUGCCACCCACUCUACGCGAAAACAGACACGACAGUCUGCAAUACCUUUACUCGGGAUCUGGGCAGUUUUCUCACUUCUGCAAUGCUCUCAACAACAUUGGCUAUAUACCUCAGCUUCGCGUUCUCAAAGCCCGUUCAACAGGACACACUUUGGAGCAGAUCCACGACUUCUUCGCCGAACUGCUCUUACAUGCCGAGCCUUAUAACCUAGGCACUCUUACUCUUGUUGAAGAGUCGAGUUGGGAUAAUCUGCCCCCGGAGGAUCCUAGCAUCCCCAUAGAUUGGGGAAGUUUGCGCCCCCUACUCCAAUUUCGUCGAUUGAAGAAGCUCGUCAUUGGCAUUCGUCUGUCUUUCAGACUAACAGACUACGAACUGGAUGACAUGUCGCAAGUGUGGACUGAAAUGGAGCAUUUAGCUCUCAUCGGUUUCGAAACGUCUUUCAUCACGCCGGAAACGUCUCUCUGGGGCGUUGCCGUCCUUAUCAGCAACUACGUCCACCUGCGUAUCUUGCAUCUCUCUAUUGACGCAGCGAUCUACUGCAACCCGCCUCCGACGGUGGGUGCUCUUGGCAAGCGCGUCGUUGAGGUCGACUUCCACAACUCGCCGAUCGACGAUCCAUUCUACGUUGCUUCCUAUCUUUCUAACGUCCUUCCAAAAUACUCAUACAUUGGUGCACACAUCCCUCGCCCAUCCCGCCUCCUCGAAGGUGAAAUACGCCGAAGUAAGUGGGAGGUGGCGAGAAACUUGCUUAAAGGACUAUACAUGAAGCAAGAGUACGACUUUCAGUGGAAGACUGCGAGGGGAAAGUCUGGAGAACGUCUUACUCCCGGACAACGUGGACAAAGUUGGAACUUUAUCACAGAUUUUAGGAAGGAUGGAUUGUUUUGGGAGAGCGACAUGCUAGGCGAGUUUUAG